GGACGGUGCAGGCGCAGAGAAUUGAUUUGGCUGGCUUGGAUUUAAAGCGAUAGAAGCUGUUGGAGUCCUACAAGACGGUCCCCAAUACCCUCUCCUCAAGUCCUUGGGACCAUUUGGGUCCCCAGAACUGGGGAGAUGGUUUGCGGCGGAUUUGCCUGUUCCAAGAAUGCGUUAUGUGCUCUCAACGUGGUUUAUAUGCUCGUGGGCUUAUUGCUCAUUGGCGUGGCUGCCUGGGGCAAGGGCCUGGGCCUGGUGUCCAGCAUUCACAUCAUUGGAGGAGUCAUUGCUGUGGGAGUCUUCCUUCUCCUGAUUGCAGUGGCUGGGCUCGUGGGGGCUGUUAACCACCACCAAGUGCUGCUCUUCUUUUACAUGAUCAUCCUUGGCUUGGUCUUCAUCUUCCAGUUUGGAAUCUCUUGCUCAUGUCUGGCUAUUAACCGCAGCAAACAGACAGAUGUCAUCAAUGCGUCUUGGUGGGUCAUGAGCAACAGUACCCGGCAUGAAUUGGAGAGAAGCUUUGAUUGCUGUGGUUUGUUCAACCUUACAGCUCCAUACCCACAAGACGAUACUUCCUGCGGUGCGAUGUGCAAGACCAGGAGUUCUGCAUGCCAGAUGUGUGGGGAGAAGUUCCUUAAACACUCAGACAAAGCCCUGAAAAUCCUAGGUGGUGUUGGGCUCUUCUUUAGCUUCACAGAGAUCCUUGGUGUUUGGCUGGCAAUGAGAUUCCGGAAUCAAAAGGACCCCCGAGCCAACCCCAGUGCCUUUUUGUAGAUUCGGUCUUCCAGAUAGCCUAGACUGGCUCCCAACUUUCUAUGUAAUCAAGGAUGACCUUGGGUUCUGGAUCCCCCCUGCCACAGCCCCCAGGUGGUAGGAUUACAGGUGUGUCACCACACUCAGCAAGUCUCUGGGUCCUCCUGACUUGGUUUUGCAUUCUCCCAGCUUUUUAUACCACCCCCCACCUAGAGUUUUGAAAACCUGGGGUGGGGACCGCCAUCUGGUUUUUGUUUUAAAAGAAAAAAAGGCCCCUCGCCUCAUUUCCUAAAACCCAUCAAGUGAUAGACAAAUUUUGUCUUACAUAUUUUGAUGGGAACAAGAUAUAGGGAAAGGAAAACUUUAUACCUCCCCCUAGAAAAUACAGUAUACUCUUAGAAGCAUGAGCAGGGGCUGCAUGCCCUUCAUAACCAUUUCCCCUCCUUUUGACUCCUUAGGUUGGCUCCAAGGACAAAUCAGAAAGUACCAGGGGGAAACAACUUUCUUGGGUGGGGGAGGCAGUGCUGGGGCUUUAGCCCAGGGCCUCACACAUGCCAGGCAAGUGUUUCCACCACUGAACUACAGCCCCAGCCCCACUCACAAGUCUUGCCAAGGCAGGACCCAGAAUGAAGCAGUGAACUCAAAACUAAAGCCAUUUUAACUGAGUAUUCAGAGAAAGAAAUUGAAAGAUUCUUUCUAACCUUGUCAGCCAAAGAGCUGGGCUGCUCAUCUGGGUCCUGUGUAACCGUCUACAGAUGUUACAGGGAACCUUCCCACGGGGCCCUCAAAUCUCCCAAAGGCAAAGCCAAUCAGAAAAACAUUAAAGAAAAAAAAGACCAUA